AUGGUUUUCCUACGCCUCACGGUCAAGGUCUACCCGCGCGAACAGGCCCAGCCCGCUGCCUCGUCAUUUUCCUUCCGUUCGUUCCUCGGUGACCGCGACCGCGACCGCGACCGCACCGAUGCCUCCAGCCAGAAUUCCGCUACCGCCGUGGGUGGGAAGCCGGCUUCCUUCCUGCUGGUCCUGGAGCAUCCGGAGGAGGUCACCCUCGGUGGAUUGGCGGGGAUGAUCCGUGAGAAGUGGGAGAAGUUGCGGCCAAAUGCGGAACCCCUCGAGAUCAAAAAACUGCUCGAUGACGAACACGACUCCGACGACCUGGACGCCGAGUUGACCGUUGAAGACGUCUUCGUGGAUAAAGGCAAGGCGCGCGCCGCAGGCACCGACCAGCGCGGCGCCGUCCGCGUCAUCCAGAAACCCGCCCCCUAUGCCCCCGUCCGCUUCCCCUCCGUGACCCAGGACUGGGACGCCGCCGCCGAGGACUUUGAGCGCCAGAUCAAGAUCAAGAAGGAGGCCGUGCAGGCGUCCAUGCGCCGCAUCCCCACCAUCGCCGAGGAGGAGCAGGAACAGGAGCAGGAGCAGGAGCAGGAGCAGGAGACCCCGGCCCCGAGCGAGACGUCGGGCGCGCCGGCGGGGGACGACCGCGCGCGUCGAAGGGACCUGCCGCUGUCAUCCGUCGAGAACGAGGAGAUCCCCAUGUCGCCGCCGCGCUGGGGCCGCCAGUCGCCCGUCCACGAGGAGGAUUCGCAGGAUCCGCUGGGCAGUACUGUCGCCGCCACCCCGCCGCCGCCGCCGUCCCACAGGCGCAUGGAGAGCCAGGAGCUGGGCGAUUCGCCGUCCCCCAUGCGGACGCCCACUCCUAAAACGCAGACGCAGAUGCCAAAGCAGAAGCAGAUCUCGCCGGCGAAGCGUGGCUCGGCCGCGAAGAGUGUGUCGGCCAGUCGGUCCAUCUCGCAGUUCGCCGCCGAGCCGGACUUUCCGGUCUCGAAUCAGGAACACGCCCGUGGAUCGGAAUCCCCGCUUAGCCCACGACGCACACGUCCUCCGGAAGAGGAAUCCGACGAGGAAGAGGCCGACGCACGCGACAGAGACGGCGACGUGAUGAUGAAUGAUAGCGAUGAGCCGGUUGCCGAGGAAGAACCCGUGGUGGAAGCUCCCAGCACCAAGGAAGCGCGCGUACCCGCUCCUCCUGCCCCCCAGGUCCAAGUACCAGUUAGUCGCCAACGCAAGAGAAAGAAGAGCCCGGAAGCAGCAGAGCCCAACAAGGAGCCUCGUCUGGACCACGGUGCCAGCUCCGGGUCCGACAAAGAAAAUAACCCGGCCCAGAGGCUGUCUGAACCCCCCACCAGCAGCCCGGCGUCCCUGCGCAGACAGGAUCGCGCCCCGUCGUUCUCUGGCAUCGGCCGACGACCCAGUCUCUCCGAGAAACCGGUGGAGUUAUCCAAGCCCGGCCUCGGCCUGGGCAUCACGAAGAGCCCGCCGGGCAAACAGCCCGUCAUGCUGCCUCUGUCGCAGGAAUCUACGGCCUCGAUCGCCAUGCCGCUGUUCUCCAGCAGCGCCGCCACCAUCCGCCGAGGAUCACUGGAGAACGCCGCCACGCCGUCCCGCCAGACCCCCGCGCUCGAUCGCGUGAAGCAGCUGCACUCGGCGCUGCGCAAGGACUCGCCCGCCGACAGGUCGUCCCAGCGGCGGUCCGUGUCAUUUGCUGAGGGCGACGACGUGGUCAUCAUGGACUCCACCCCGAUCCCCAAAUCGACUCCUCAAGUCCCGCCUAACAAGGGAGCCAAGGGCACACCCAGUUCUGCAAAGAAGGCGUCCACGACGAGUAAGAUGGUGUUCCCGGACAGUGUGCCCAAGGAACGCGUUGAACAGCUGAUGCGGGAGGCCAACCAGCGCCUCGAGCAGCAGAACAAGGACCGGGACGCCAUGGAGGCGACGAUCAAGGCCAAGAAACAGCAGAGCGACAACCCGGCGUACCUGCGCCUGUUGGAUGGCUUGCAGGUACUGGUUGAGCGCGUCGCGAAGCUCGAGAAGAGGAACCGGACCAGUGAACGAGAGAGGCUCGACCGCGCCCGGAGGGACUUGCAGGCGAAGCAGAACGAGCUCGCCAAGUUUGAAUCGGAGAUCGUGGGCGCCGCGGAGACACCGGAGGAGAGGCCUCAGGAGACCCCUACGUCCAAGGUGGCGCCUCAGGAGACACCCAAAGAACCAUCGAAGACGACACCGAAAGGGGCGGUGAAGGAGACGCCUAAAGAGACGGCGAAAGAACCGAAGGAAGACACCACCCAGGCAAAGGCCAAGUCGAAAAAGCCCUACGGAGCUGCAAAGACACACGCUCCCAAGCCCGACGCAGCGCCUGCGAAGCCUACCAGCAGCGCAAAGAAGCCGACGCCAUCGGCUGACCGCAAGGGCUCGGUAUCGAAGUCUGCAGAGCCGGCCGCCACUCCCACCAGCGCCCAACCAACGCCCCCAGCUUCCGCGGCAAAGACUCGCACCCCCGGCGAGGAGCCGAAGAGUACCCCGAACGAACCCCCGCCGAGCUCGUCGGAAGACGCCAAGCUACCUCCUGUCCCCAAGAUUCAGCGGGCUGACCUUCCGAAGACGAACGGCACAUCGGCCCCAAGCCAGACCGCCAAGAAACCCUCGCCCGCCGAACCUGUGGAAGUAACAUCCUCCGAGUCGGAAGAGGAAGAGGAGAGUUCGUCUUCUUCCUUCGAGUCGGAAGACGAGAGCGAUGUCGAAGACAAGAACGUCACGCCUGCCCGGAGCAAGGCCGAGCUCCUCCGUCGCGGCAGCGCCACACCCUCCCAAGCCAGCAUGAAAUCGCCCGCCGCGUCGCAACCAUCUGCAUCCCAGUCCCAGUCGUGGGGCCAGCCCAUCAACGCCGCCCGCAGCCGCGCCACGCUCAAGUCGCUUCUGGUGGACAAGAAGAAGGAGCAGGAAGCCAAGGCGCAGCAGGCGAAGCGGUCGCUCACUGCGCCCAAGCGCCAGCGCGACAUCUUCUCGCCGCCUUCGGAUGACGACUCGGAGGAUGAGAGCGAGAGCGAGAGUUCGAGUUCGAGCUCGAGCUCGGACGAUAGCGACAGCAGCGCCGACGACGAGGGGGAUAUCAUGUCUAGCGGGACGGUGGGGAAGCUGCGUCCUGCGCGCAAGAAGUAG